UUGCCUUUGGGUUUUUCACGAAGCUUUAUUUUACAGGAUUUACAACGUUUACACUUCUGACUUCGAAAGAGAAGUUGUUCUGCAGAAAUGUCAAAGAUUGAGAAAAUGAGUAUCCUUGGAGUGAGGAGUUUUGGGGUAGAGGAUAAAGACAAACAAAUUAUCACUUUCUUUAAUCCAUUAACUAUUUUGGUGGGACCAAAUGGUGCAGGAAAAACGACUAUCAUUGAAUGUCUUAAAUAUAUAUCCACUGGAGAUUUUCCUCCUGGCACCAAAGGAAACUCAUUUGUUCACGAUCCGAAGGUUGCCAAUGAAACAGAUGUUAGAGCUCAGAUUCGAUUACAGUUUAGAGAUGUAAACGGAGAGCUUGUAGCUGUGCAGCGAUCCAUGGUCUGUACCCAGAAAGGCAAGAAAACAGAAUUUAAAACACUUGAAGGCAUCAUUACUAGAACAAAGCAUGGCGAGAAGGUCAGUCUGAGUUCCAAGUGUGCAGAAAUCGAUCGAGAGAUGAUCAGUGCCCUUGGUGUUUCCAAAUCGGUGAUUAACAAUGUCAUCUUCUGCCACCAAGAAGAAUCCAACUGGCCAUUAAGUGAAGGGAAGGCCCUGAAACAAAAAUUUGAUGAGAUCUUUUCAGCAACAAGGUAUAUUAAAGCACUCGAAACUCUCCGUCAGGUACGACUGAAACAAAGCUUGAAAGUAAAAGAGUGUCAGACAGAACUGAAAUAUCUAAAACAGAAUAAAGAAAAAGCACAGGAAAUCCAGGAUCAUCUUAGCAAUAGAGAGGCUCAACUGGCUGCUUCUAAGGAGAACAUAAAAUCAAUUGAGAGUCAACUUGAUCCUCUAAAGAGUUCUCUGGCAGCAGUUGAACAGAAUCUUAUAAAAGUAAUGAGGCUAGACAACGAUGUAAAGGCCCUGGAGAGCAGGAGGCGGCAGAUGGAGAAAGAUAAUCAAGAUUUGCAACAGAAGAUGGAAAAGGUUUUUCAAGGAACAGAUGAACAACUAAGGGAUAGAUACCAGAACCAUCAGAGAACAGUGAAGGAGAAGGAGAAGAGAUUAUCAGACUGUAAGCGUGAAUUAGAUAGAGCCACUAAAGAAUGCCAGAGAUUUAACAGUGAGAAAUCAGAACUACUUAUUGAACGAGGUCGUCUGCAACUGCAAGCAGAUCGUCACCAAGAACACAUCACAACAAGGGAUUCGUUAAUUCAGUCUUUGGCAGCACAGCUGGAAUUAGAUGGUUUUGAGCGAACACCUUUUAAUGAAAGGCACAUUACCAGUUUUCACAGGUUGUUGAAGGAGCGACAAGAAAGAGAUGCAGAAGCUGCAAAUCAUCUGAUGAGAGAAUUUGCACGAAAAGAAGCAAUGAAACAAAAACAGAUAGAUGAAAUAAGAGACAAGAAAACUGGAUUAGAAAGAACCAUUGACCUGAAAUCAGACAUUCAAAAUAAGAAACAAGUUGAGCUGAAGAAUGUAAAACAUGAGUUGCAGGAGUUGGAGGGGUUUUCAGACAGGAUUCUGGAGUUGGAUCAGGAGAUUGUCAAGACA